CUCUGAAGCACGCGUCGCCAACCUCCCGACACAAAACUCCCCAGGCUCAUCACCGAUUCAUUCAUCUUGAACCGAUCUCGGUUGUCGAAACGGCCGAAAAAUCAUCGGCGGCAAGGUGAGAGAGAGUCAAAGGGGCCCUCCGAAACGCCAAUCGAUGGGACGUCGGCGUCGUACGCGCCGCCGCGACGCACCUGCCGCCUCAGAUUGGCCCAUUCUGGCGGCGGCCGCGCUUUAAGUCGGGGACGGUAAACUGUUGAUUCCCGAGAUCGCGAGAUUUUUGUUUACCAUCUCGACGCAACGAACACACACACACUCACGUUCUGUCUACGAGUGUCGGUCAAGUUCUGUCCUGUCCGCUCGUCCACGGCACGGCCUGUUUUUACCGGUUUGGUCGGUGGGAAGUUUGAAAUUUCCGCGGUUUUCUGGAGUUUUUCCGACGCUUCGAUGAUUUUCAGGCGGUUUCAGCGCUGAGGAUCGCGACGGAUCUUGCCGCCCAUUUCAUCAAUCUGUGGAACAGAAAUCAAGACUGAAAAUGAGUUUCCUGAACUCGCUUACGGAAAUAGUUAGUAAUAGUGUAGCAGGACUUUCCUUGAGUCCAAAAAGAUUCUCGCUGAGCAGAGCGGACACCUCGGAGAGCAACUCCGCAGGUCUCACGCCGGGGUCCCGGAGCAACUCCGGCGACAGCAACACUCCGGGGUUCCCGAAGGUUCUGCCGGCUCCGGGAGCCAGCGCCCUGGUCCAGCGUCGCAAGAGCACCCUGGAAUGUCUCGUUCCCACUCCUCCGGUUCGACGACCGGGUUCCUUCAGACAGCGUUCCCCCAGGACAACGCCCGUGGAGAGGAGACCGUCGACCUUUUGCUCCAGGAGGCUGAGCUGGCCGGAGGUCGACCACCAGGUUCGUUCGGGAGUUCAAGAAAUCGACGGCGUGUACUUCGAGAGUUUCACUGCGCUGGCAUGGAAACAGGAGAAUCAGAGGCAGAGCGCUCUGAAAAAUGCCGAGAUCUCAGCCUCGGAGCCCCCGCCCCAAGAGGGAGAGCUCGGUAUAUCUCCCAUCGAUUAUUCCAUACCCCAGAGCGAAAAAGACAAAUUGUAUGUCGAAAUGCUUUACACAAUUGCCAAUACGGUUGGCGCACCUGCGCCAGGUGGACAAUAUGCUCACUACAAAGAGGAUCUCUAUUUAUACGGACAAAGGGCAUUCGGAAUGCCCCCUGACAGGCAUUAUCGAAUGCUGCAUACGGCAGGAGAGGAAAAGCCACCGAUUGUGGUCCUGAGUGUGGUCGUAAUGGAAGCUGAAGGUUUAGAAGCCAAAGAUGCGAACGGUUUCAGUGAUCCUUAUUGCAUGCUCGGAAUCCAACCAAUGGCAGCUCCUUGUUCACCUCAACCACACACACCAAACAGGACCCUUUCAGAUGCCUGUCUACCAGAUGUUGCAGGUAAUCACGAGAAGUUGCGAAAACACCACAGCUUCAAGCUGAGCUUCAAACGGAAGGACGGCAGGGGCGUGAGGGAGCAGAGGGACAGCGUGGGCGGCGGGGCCCUGCCCGCCAAGUUCAUAAGGGCCACUUCUGUCAAGCCGCACACCCUCAACCCCAAGUGGAACGAGAAAUUUCGAUUUGAUAUCGACGACAUAAAUGGUGAUUCUCUUCACCUGGACAUUUGGGACCAUGACGAUGAAAGUUCAGUGUUGGAGGCGGUCAGCAAACUGAACGAAGUGCGUGGCGUACGAGGUCUGGGAAGGUUCUUCAAACAGGUCUGUCAAUCUGCCCGUCAGAGUUCUCAGGAUGAUUUCCUGGGAUGUGUUACGAUUCCUCUUCAGGAAAUACCAUCGACCGGCUUGGAAGGGUGGUUCAAAUUGGAGGCACGCUCACAAAGGAGUUCAGUACAAGGAAGGAUUAGACUUAAAAUGUGGCUAUCGACGCGAGAGAACCACGGCGUUUCAAACGAGGACAACUGGAGCGAACUGAUGCAGCACGAGGGUUUGUACAAAACUUUCGUGGAUUACGAACUUAGGAACUGGAGUAGGGAAACUUGGACUUGGAACGGGGACCUUUCAGGACCAGCUUUGACCAUCUUACAUCAACACGCGGUUCAAGGGGACCUCACAGACCUACAAAUGGCCUCCGUACGUUUUGUGGCCGCUUCCGGCAUCUACCUGAAGUAUUCCCUGAAUCCCCGUUGGAUCUACCAACUCCUAACGGACAUAGAAAACGCCUGGCCUAACUCGUCUUUAACGAGGGAGGAGGAGAUGUGGUUGGCGGAAAAAUUCACCGCUAUGCAAGAAAGAUGGCUGCAGCAGCUACGUCAUCACAGACAACUUUUUCCUGCCCUGCAUCCACCAUCUUUGGCCCGGUUGGAGUACAUCCUUCGGUGUCUGGCCUACUUGUCGAACAUGAAAUCCUUCUGGAAAUGCUGUCCGUUCAACAAGGAGAUCCGAGGAGAGAUCGUGGCGACCUUAAGAAAAGGAACACCAGAAUGGUUCAACGCUCUAAGAUCGCUGAUGAUGCCAACCGAAGAAUUCGAUAACUCCUUCGUGGAUUUCUGCACAGAAGUCUACGUUCAACUGAAGCACGGAUUGUCUCAUUAUCAUCCACUUUUCGAAGGGACCAACGGAAUACCCUAUUUCAGCGUGGUAUUCAAGCAGAUAGACAAGCUGAUGUCGGACGAAGUCAUAGCAUUCCUCAACCAGAACGAACAUCCUGACUCGGCCUACAGUCGUCUGAUAUUCUCCGUUUAUCUCGAGGUCAAGGAUCUGGCUACAUUCGGCCAGAACCUUCCUUCUGGAGGGGACCACAGACUAUUGCUGCCCAAGUGUCACGAAUGGUUCGAACCAUCUGUCAGCUGUUGGUUGGACGUGUGCAAAGCUAAGGCUCUUCAAAGGGUGAGAGUGUCGGUAGAGCUACAGAAACCCUGCGAAGGCGACAAGAUCGUAAAGCACAGCUCUUCGGCGGUGGACGUGGUGGCGAUGUUCUGUCACCUAAGGGAUUUCUGGAGGUUGCUCCAGUGGCCUAAGGCGAACCACUCCCUAGCGCUGAUGUCGCAACUCAUGGACUGCAUCUGUUCCGCAGCCCUGCUCUACGCGGACAUCAUCUAUCAGGCCCUAAUGGAAACCGGCUACUUCGACAGACUGGGACCUUUCAGCGUGUGCGAAGACAUGUGCACGGCACUGAACAACCUAGAAUAUGUAUAUAAAUUCGUAUCGUUAUUAGAAAACUACCUCGAUUUCGUCACUCUCGAAUCCUACGCGAGCGAAAGCCUAUUCUACAGCCUGAGGAGCCAACUCGAUGGCACUUGCAGUCAAUUCCAGAUGAGGAUGACGGACAUCGUCCAGAGAGUGGGACCACAGAUGCAAGAGACCCUUCGGAAGACGAUGUUCCACGUGGCCUGGUCUCCGGAUACGCUGCCCACGAACCAGGCGGUCGAACCGCUGUUCGACUAUCUGCACUCCCACCUGCAGCUCCUCAACCUGUACCUGCUGCCGCAGAACUUCCAGAAGGUCUUGCUGGAGGUUUGGGAAUACACAUUAGCGGAGCUGAGCCACCAGAUGGACACCGGCGCGACAAGCGACGAGCUGCCCUCCACCUUCCACGACAGGCUCUACGGCGCCCUAGAGCUGAUGACGGAGUUCUUCUACAGCGACGGCCAAGGUCUCUCCUUCGACCGUAUCCACUCGGAGACCUUCUACCGCAUUGAGACGAUGCUGCAGUACCACCGAACCGACACGGAUAAGUUGAUAGAGACGUUCUACAGCCAGCGACUGGAGGAGCAGAAUACCAUCACCAGCGGCGCUUACGGCGUGCUGGCCGUCAGGGCCUACUUCAAUCACGAUUCGCUGUGCGUCGAGGUGCUUCAUGCUCGGGAUAUCAUCCCACUGGACCCAAACGGCUUCAGCGACCCCUUCGUCAUCAUCGAACUGCUACCGCACAAGAUAUUCCCGCACUGCAACGAGCAGCAGACCAACGUGCACAAGAAGACGCUGAAUCCGAUCUUCGACGAGUGUUUCGAGUUCAGCGUGUCCCUGGACCAGUGCAGGUCGCCGGGGGCCAUGAUAGCCUUCACCGUUAUGGACCACGACGUGCUAACCGCCAACGACUUCGCCGGCGAGGCCUUUUUGGCACUGGGCAGUAUACCAGGGGUGGCGGGCACGGGAACUGGCGUCGAUAAUUUUCACGGGCUGAAGCCGGUCGAGCUGAUAUUGAUGCAGCAGCACCUUAGAUAUCAUCCUAUCCUGAUGAUUUUGGAGUCCAGGGGCGGAGAUCGUCAGGCCAUCGACUUCGUAAGGAAACAAAAACUGAGAUUGGCAGUCAAGUAAUAAACCUUCGGCCAAUCGUAAACAGCCGAACAAUUCUGUAUCACGCUCCCCAAACGGCGACGCGUGAGACGAGAAAGAAGACCCGUUUUCGAUCGUAACUAUUUUUUUCGUACGUGUUGUUCACCACUAAUAAGUCUGAUAACACGAGGCAAUCCCGGGUUGUUGGUUACGGAACCCGCACUUUCAGAACGGCCUUUUUAGGGAGAAAUCAACGAAUCGAUUUUUUACAGUAAAAUGUCCCGCGCGGUUUGGUACUCUUCAAAAAUAAAAGGGCCUGGAGCCGAACCUGCGCGGGCGUACUGAUUCCGACCCUGUUUCGAUUCUACGAACGGGGCAGCAGGGUGGGACUCGGUAAAUUAAUUGGCCCUCUGCCUGGCGUUAUCCGAUCAUUACUAUACAGGGUGUCUCAUUGGCGAUUGUUCACCUGGUACAAGAAGAUUCAGAGUGAAAUUUUCGGAUGAAAUAUUCCUCUUUAGAGUGGGCGCCUCUUUAAAACUUUAAAUUGACUCUAAUCCAUUUUAAUUCCAAUAAUUUAAUGGCGAACUGGAAUACAAAAUUAAACGGAAAAUUUUUAAAUGUAUUAGUAUUCUAAAUUAAUCAA